CACGUCCACAAAAUAAUUUUUUUCACAUAUAUUUUUUUUGUUUUGUUUUGUUUCUCCUACAUUAUACAUAAAAAAAUGGCAGAUUUUAUCGACAAAGCCCAAGACUUGUUGGAGGAUAUUGACAUGGACACUUUCUUCAGUGAUGAAGAGGAAUUUGCUCCAGCUCCAGCUCCUCCUGCAGAAGAUCAAACCAUGACGGAAAAGUUUGCCAACGUCAAGAUAUAUAAUGGCUUCAGCGAACCAGAAUACAAUAUGGACGAUCCCGUGUUUUUAUAUAGAAUGUUUUACCGUUCCUUUUUUCCUUACAAAACCUAUUUUCACUGGCUCAACUAUGACAUUACACCCGCCCGAAGCUUUACUCAUCGUGAAUUCAGUUUUACACUUGCCAACGAUAUUUACCUUCGUUUCAAGUCCUUUCCUAACGGGGAUGCAUUAAAAAAAGAAAUCGAAAGAUUACAGCCUGCCAAAAUUGAUAUCGGUGCUGUCUAUAGUAUCAAACCAGCAGAUAAAAAGACGGUGAGCGAAAAAGCUUUUAAACCUUUAGAAAAAGAAUUUGUACUCGAUAUCGAUAUGACGGAUUAUGAUGAUGUACGUACCUGUUGUCAAGGAGGAGAUAUUUGCUUGCUUUGCUGGGAGUUCAUGACCAUCGCCAUCAAGAUUAUUGAUGCUUCUCUUCGAGAUGACUUUGGAUUCGAACAUAUCAUGUGGGUCUAUUCAGGUCGUCGUGGUGUGCAUUGUUGGGUAUGUGAUGAGAAAGCUCGUAAAUUGGACAAUGAGAACCGAAAGGCCAUCAUUAGUUUCUUGAGUAUCAUUAAGGGAGGUAGUCAAGUUGCACGUAAAGUGAGAUUACCUGUGUUAUUACAUCCAUCGCUUGAACGCUCCUUCACCGUUGUCGAAGAGUAUUUCAAGCCACUUUUGUUGCAAUCGAUGGGUAUUUUGGACACACCAAAGGAGUCUCAUAAAGUGUUAAUGAUGACAGACGAUCAAGUGAAGGAGGCUUUGGCGGAAAAGUGGGCUGACCCAACAAAAACAGCACACGAGAAAUGGGAAAUGUUGAUCAAGGAAGAGCAAAAAAAGAAAAGUAAGGAUACUUGUGCCUCGAGAGAUAUCAUGUUUCAAUACUGUUAUCCUCGCCUUGAUGUCAAGGUUUCUACCAACAUUAACCAUUUGCUGAAGAGUCCAUUCUGUGUGCAUCCAAAGACAUUAAAGGUGUGUGUACCCAUUAAGCCAGAAGAGUGUGAAUCUUUCAAUCCAAUGACAGUACCUACCUUGACCAAAUUAAGGCAAGAAAUUAUUGAACACGAUAAACUACCAGGCGCAGAUAAAACCAUACCAGACUAUAAAAAGACAUCGCUUAAAUCCUACGUUGAAUAUUUCGAUAAAUUCGUAAAGAACAUGUUGAACGAAACUAUCAAGGAAAAGCGUGGAGCAGCUGCCAUGUCCAUGGAUUUUUAAAAAUUUAAUAAAACAAGCGCUUUGUCACAAGGGUACCCCCCAUUGAAA